CACAACUCCUGCACCGACAUCAACAAACAACCUCAGGAGCCCGGAGCAGUUUGUUUGGAUGAGAAGAAAGUUCCCUGGUGAUAUUUUAAGAGGUUUCUUGAAGAGAAGGUUCAAUCAAGGAUUUGCUCGCAUUGCAAUUUGGGAACUUUUGGCUCAGAACGGUUUGGAUGGUGGGAAUUAUGACGGUGACAUAAGUUUAGGUCUCCGGAUCGCCGCGUUUCUCUUUCAGUGAAUUCAUCUCAAUGAAGAGCCUCUAACCCGGACCCGACACACUCCGUGGCCCGGAGCUGAAGCCCACCGGACGCAGGGAACCGUGAACCCCCAGCGGCUUGCCGGGAUGGUGUGCCUGCUCAACUGCCUGCUGCUGGGAUAUCUGACCUGGAAUCUGCGGAUAUCGGACGCACAGGGGGAGUACUGUCACGGCUGGCUGGACGCUAAUGGGAAUUAUCAUGAUGGCUUCCAGUGUCCGGAGGACUUUGACACCAUGGACGCCACUGUGUGCUGCGGCUCCUGCUCGCUGCGCUACUGCUGCGCGGCCGCGGACGCACGGCUGGACCAGGGCGGCUGCACCAACGACAGGGAGGUGGACAACAUCGAGUUCGCAGCGCAGCCCAUCUACGUGCCCUUCCUAAUGGUAGGGAGCAUCUUCGUCGCCUUCGUCGUGGUCGGCUCUCUGGUGGCCGUCUACUGCUGCACCUGCCUGCGGCCCAAGCAGCCGACCCAGCAGCCCAUUCGCUUCUCCCUGCGUAGCUGCCAGGGCGAAACCAUUCCCAUGAUCCUCACCUCCGCUCCCCCGAGCCUCCGUGCCCCGUCGCGACAGUCCAGCACGGCCACCACCAGCUCCAGCUCGGCCGGAGGGGGCAGCUCCAUGCGGAGGUUUUCUCUCGGAGGUCAGGGGCAGCAGCACGGCUGCCUGGUGUCUGCCACCGUCUCCUCGUCAGCCUCCACCCCAACUCAGACCCCUCAGACUCUGCCUCCGCCACCGCCCCCUCCCUACACAUCCCCACCAGCACCCAUGUCAGGAGGCAUGCAGCACCAACUGGCCUCCACCCACACCCACACCCAGCUGCAGCUCCACCAGCCCUCCAUGUCCUCUCAGACCUUCCUUCUGCCACAGCAGUAUUUCUUCCCCCUGCAGCCAGACGCCUUCUCAGCGGCCAAGGGCUUCGCCGACUUCGGACAGAGCUGACACGUCUCCCAGCGGGGGGGGGGAAAUAUAGAGGGAUUACAAGAUUUUUUUUUUUUUUUUUUUUUAGAUGGUUGGAUGUCAGCCGGCAAACACUCUGCAUCACAGCUGGUGGUGUUUGGGUGGAAGGCCCAGGCCGUCUGAACGGACACAGAGAGAGAGCGGCAGGAGGACGAGGGAUAAAGUACGACAAAGCUGCACGGCCUGAGGAGUUUCCCCCUUCUGCAUCACAGGACACAUCAGAGUUCAACAAACCUGUUAGAGGCAGCAACAGUGUUGAAACUUGUGCACUUUUAGCUGAAAUUGUAAACAGUCCUCACUGGCCUUACAUUUUAUUUUUAUACAGGUUGUUUUUUUUUUAAGCAGACAGCUCACAAUACAGACUAAACUCUUAAUCACAAACCUUCCUCUGAAAACAAACUGCACAGGCAAACGGCACCAACACUGUCACUCUGAGCAUUGUUACAUUAUUAGAAAUAGAUGUUGGAAACCAGGGAAAUAUUGUGUUUUUUGACAAUCGCAAGGACCUCUGAAUGAGGGGUGGACCUGAUAUACAAAGGACAGUAUAUUUAGGAGGAAAUGUGGACUUUUAUAAGAUGUUGUACAGGCAUUGUACCCAGAGCAGGGUUGUCAUAUUGAUUCCCUAACUUACAGCGAAUAAAAUGUUGCCUCUCCGUA